CAACGGCCGGCGAAUUAGUUAAGCUCUCUUCGGCCUCUGUCCGCCGGUGGAGGAACGACACCAGUUGCAGAGCCGUCGACGGCGGAAGAGUUAGAGACAGAACUCCUCCUUGCUAGAGAUGGACAUAGCUCUCUUCUCUCCCUCUUCACUCUUCGCCGACCAGGAUGACUCCUCUUCUGAGGCGGAGGAGGAGAAGCCGAAGACCCGCCAGAGCUAUGUGGAGAGGAGGCACCAGUUCCCUGGAAUGGAACUAGUCAUUCGGGAGUUCUCGUUUCACCAGCUGAAUGCUAAUUUACUGUGGCCCGGGACGUUUGCAUUUGCAGUAUGGUUAGUUCAGGACCAGUUUUGUUUGCAAGGGCGGCGCUGCAUAGAACUGGGCAGUGGGACUGGAGCUCUAGCUAUCUUUCUACGAAAAUCAUUCAAUCUGGAUAUCACAACAUCGGACUAUGAUGAUAGCGAGAUUGAAGAGAACAUAGCAUAUAACUGCAGGGUUAAUGGAAUUUCUCCUGCUCUCCCUCACAUAAAGCAUUCAUGGGGAGACACCUUUCCAGAGGCUGACCCAGAUUGGGACCUCAUAAUCGCUAGUGAUAUUCUUUUAUAUGUGAAGCAAUACCCAAACUUGAUAAAAACUCUCUGCUUUCUCCUGAAAAGUUACAAGCCCAGGAACAAAGAGUCAGCUGCUUCAGAGGGAUCGAUCUUGAGUCUUCCCCGACCAACAUUUCUCAUGAGCUGGAGACGCAGAAUUGGAAAAGAAGAGGAGUCUCUCUUCUUCAACGGGUGCGAGGAGGCCGGUCUUGUGGUGAAGCAUAUUGUGUCCCGUGUGUACUGUGUCAGCUUAAAAAAAUUGCAGUAGAGCCUGUAAAAUCGGUGCUUAUGGAUUGAACCUGAAUCUUCACUGCCAUAUCAGAUGUACAAUGUUGAUCAAUUGAAGUUUUAAGAGAUCAGGAAUCAUUGCAUUCUUACGGCCAA